GGGCAGCGGCGGCGGCCGCGGCAGCGACGGGAGGCACCGGCAGCGAGCCUCGCUCGUCCCUCGCCGCCUCCAUCGCCUCCUUCUUCAUCGCCGCCUUCUCCGUCCCCUCCGCCACCGCUCCCUCCGCCAUGAACUCGCUGCUGUUCGGGGAGAUGGCCCGCGCCUUCUCCCCCGCCGCCGCCGCCUCUUCCUCGUCCUCCUGCCCGCUGGGCCCCGGCGGCGGCGGCCCCGCGGCGGCCGGCGGGGGCCCCCCGGUCACGGCCGCGCUGCGGAACGACCUGGGCUCCAACAUCCACCUGCUGAAGGGGCUGAACGUGCGGUUCCGCUGCUUCCUGGCCAAGGUGCACGAGCUGGAGCGGCGCAACCGGCUGCUGGAGAAGCAGCUGGCGGCCCAGCAGAGCGAGCGCGACCGGCGGCUGCGCUACAAGACCUUCUCCCGGGACCAGGCGGUGCAGACGGACGGCGGGACCCCCCCGCUGCUGCCGCCGCCGGGCCCUGGGCACGGCUCGCUGCCCUCGCCGCCGCACUACGGGCGCCUGCCCGGCACCAUCUGGAGCUACACCCAGGUCCGCCGCACCGGGGGCGGCGGCUUGGAGACCGUGCAGGGCCCCGGCGUGUCCUGGAUCCACCCGGACGGGGUCGGGGUGCAGAUCGACACCAUCACCCCCGAGAUCCGCGCCCUCUACAACGUGCUGGCCAAAGUCAAGCGGGAACGCGACGAGUACAAGAGAAAGUGGGAAGAGGAACUGACAAGAAGGAUGAGUCUGGAAUCUAUGGUAGAAACCUUGCGAGAGGAGGCACAGGAAGCAGAAGCUCUCCAGGAGGAGUUGAAUGAGAAGAUUGAGAGACUGAAAGCAGAACUUGUGGUCUUUAAGGGUCUGAUGAGUGAUCCCAUGACAGACCUGGACACAAAGAUCCAAGAAAAGGCCAUGAAGGUGGACAUGGACAUCUGCCGCCGAAUCGAUAUCACGGCCAAGCUGUGCGAUGUCGCACAGCAGCGCAACUCGGAAGACGUUUCCAAGAUAUUCCAGGUGGCUUCCAAGAAGAAGGAGCGCAAGCUCCCGUCGGACGACGACCUGUCGGAGCAGGACGGGGACAACGGGCGGUUCUCUGACGACGAGGUCAGCUGCUCCCUCAACAUCACAGAUGAAAUGAAGAGGAUGUUUAACCAGCUACGGGAGACAUUUGAUUUUGAUGACGACUGUGAUAGUUUAACAUGGGAGGAGAAUGAGGAAACACUGCUGCUCUGGGAGGACUUCACCAACUGCAAUCCUUCAAUCGACCUCCAAGGAGAGGAAGAAAACCUGGGAAACCUGAUCCAUGAAACAGAGUCUUUCUUUAAAACAAGAGACAAGGAAUACCAAGAAACAAUAGGGCAGAUAGAGCUGGAAUUAGCCACAGCCAAGAGUGACAUGAAUCGCCACCUUCAUGAAUAUAUGGAAAUGUGCAGCAUGAAAAGGGGCCUGGAUGUCCAAAUGGAAACCUGUCGGAGGCUCAUCAAAGGCUCAGCUGACAGGAAUUCUCCAUCUCCCAGCUCUGUAGCCAGCAGUGACUCAGGAAACACAGAUGAAAUUCAGGAUGAUUUGGACAGAGAAACGGAUGUGGAGCCCAUGGUCAGCUGAUACAAAGUUGGAGCAUUUUGGUGAAGGCGAAGAUGGAAGAAAAGAUUCAAACCCAACACAUUGAUGGAGGAAAGAUGAAAGACUUGCAAGCCCUUGCAAGUCUCUAAGGACUCAUUCCUACACGCAUCCCCACCCCACCCAAGGAUUGGUGCUGUAAAUUUCUAUUGUUCUACAAACCAUAAAUGCAGAGUCCUGUAAGAGAACACGGGGUUUUAAUUGUGCCUUUGCCCCAAGCUGAGCCACUUUGAGCUCCAGUGGAAUAUUAUUAGCAGGUGUUUUUAUAAAAUACAUUGUUUAAAAAAUACAAAGCUGGAAGCAGCAGAGAAUGGUGCUGCAAAGGCUCUGGGUACUUCAACAAGCUGCUGGUUUUAUUGAGCUGCUGCACUGAUGGGCAAAAGGAACACUGGCAAAAAGAGCAGCAAACCCAAGACAAUUCUGGUGCAAUCACCAAUGUCUGGCACAAAAAAAGAAUUGCCUCCAAAUUGAACUAACAUUUAAAAAUAACAGCAGGUUUAGGGACAGCUCUUAGCAGUAAGCAGCUCUACAAGAUUAAAAGGGGUUUCUUCGUUCCAUCUUUGGGGGUGAAGGAACCUUUGAGACGUGUCCAGGCUUUCUGCUGGACUCCAGGACCUGGAGAAACAGGUCUCAGCUCGGUGGCAAAGCAGAUGGACAAAGGAGGUGUCAGUGGGGGGGACUAUCACUGAUAAACUACUAUGCAAAAACAAAAAAUGCUCGCCUUAUUUAUAUGGAAUGUUUGGUCCCUGCUGGGCUACAGUUAUCUCUUGGGAAAAGGAAAGCUAAACCCACAUUUGCACACUUAGUUGUCUGUAGAGCUUCUUUCGAGGUGGAAUGUCAUAUUACAAUGCCUUUGUUUCCAAUGGUUGGAUCAGGAGGGGAAUCAGCCCUUCGGUUCCGUGUUGGUUUGUGUCUUUUUUCAGGGGUUUUUUUGGUGUUUGCAAAUCUUCUGUUGCUGACAGGGAGAUAAGUCCAUUUUAUGCUGCUUUCAUGAUGUUUAGAGUUGAAGCACUGGGAUAAACUGAUAUACAUGGAGGCUGGAGACAUGAGACUGGGAGAGUUGCAGACCACUGUUCUUCAGGGAAGCUGAACAUUGGGAAACACUGUAAUCCUUUUUAGAGCAUAGUAAACUGAAUCCUAGGCUGCUGCUGCCCUGGAAUUAGGGAGGAACAGCCAUGUGCUUUCUCUGUGAGAAAGUGGGAAGACCUUGGCUUUGUCUCUGUAUUUUUACCCAGGAGAAGCAGCAUCGAAAGUCGGAUCCCUUGGUGGUGGUGGAGGAAACUCUGGCAUCAUUAAUCUGUUCAUGGUUAUAAUGGGAAUUGUAGCACCUCAGCCAGGUAAAAACAGGGUAUAAACCUCAGCCAAUAAUUUUUUCUUUGUUUUUAGACCAAGACUGAAAGAGUAGUUCAUACUGCCUAAAGCUAACUCUGGAUUUAACUAGCGGUUGUAAGACUUGGAGUAAACACCAAAUGUAUUUGCUUUUCCUGCCAGGAAGCUUAGAAACUGCUGUGUAGGAGCAGUGCUAGGACUGGACAGGGAAAAUCUUGAUUUAAGCACCCUCUCAGUGUUGUGGAAAGGUAAACUGGCCAAUCUUUGUAGCUUCCUAAGUAUCAUUUCCAAGCCUCUCUGGUGUAUUGAUCUGGGAUCAGUGGAGUUGCAUAGUAAGCAAAUAGCCAGUAUAGAUCAAUGUUGUUUAAUUCCAUUAAGAGCACAAGUGUCUUGGAAAAUGGCUCAUUCCUGGGCAGCAAUUGCUCUGUCUUGUGUGGCCAUGGAGAGGGGCAGCACCUCAGAGGGUUUCUGUUGCACUGGAACUGUGGAUACAGGAAUGUUUUCUCCUUUGAGUUUCCUGUGUUGCUGCCUGGAGUUCGUCGCCCUCAGAUCCAUCUCCUGCUUGGAAUGGUGGUGCCUUUAGGCCAUGCGGAUCUAAAUGGGCUCUCUGUGUUUUUCAGAGUGGGGAGGAGGACUGGGAUGAUCCAUCUGGAUCCACAAUGUGGAGGGUACCAUCCUCAGCUGACGGCUUCUGCCCGUGAAAGUAGAUCCAAGGAUGUUCUUGUGGUGUCCUUACUGAUGGAAAUACUCAGUGCAAUUACUCACAGAGUAGUUAGCAACUCCUUGGGUCCUGUGGUGUGGGGGAGGGGCUUUCCAAAGUCUGUAAAUGUAGAUAACUUUUCUCUGUAAGAGAAACCUUUUUUCCAAAGUGCUCAUUCCAGUUAUUCCUUAGGUGGCCAAAGUGGUAAAUGUCAUGUUCAUAGGGCUGAAAGGUGGAGGGUGGGUGGGAGGCUGCAGAGGGAGUAUUUUUUGAGGGGGCUGGGACUGCAUGUUGUAAAUCAGUAAUUUUAAGGUUUUCAAGCCUGUUUGAACUUCAGCUGCUACUGAGGAGUUUGUCCUGAGGCCGAGGAAGCUCUGCCAAAGCUGGAUGUCUGUGAUGCUUUAGUGACUGUGGGGGAGGCUUUGCUCAGCUGUCCUUGCACAGUGAACCCUGGAGGCUGCCUUUGGCUCCCCUCAAUUAGGGAAAUUAGGGAAUGCUCCUUGGCACUGGAAAAUCCAGCACUUGUAAGGGCCAUCGGGAUUCGCUGCUGGUUUGGGGUGAGGUUGUUAUUUUUCUUUAAAACUCAGAGUCCUCACAGGGAAGGCUGGGUGUUCCCAAAACUAGGAGCUGGUGUGUUGAGGGUGGGGAAAAUGGGCAUAUCCUCAGUUGGACAGUGAGGAAGCAGGAAUUCAGGUGUAAACUCCAGUUACCCACAGGCACAGUGCCGAGGAGCACCUGUAGUAGGGUCGGUGUAGGGGGUGUGGGGCUGUAGUAGAGGGUUUAGGAAUCAUGUGGAUGAUGGUGAUAUGUAGGACAGUAGAUUCCCAUGGUUGGUGGUGUCUGUUUCUUGUAUCCAUAUAUAAUCCAUUUUUAAAGAAGAAAAGGUGUUUUCAUACUUGGGAUUGGGGGUUUAUUUUCAUUUAGGCUGGAUCAACCACUUGGGAGUUACAGGGGUUGAUCCUUGAUAGUUUUCCUGGGAGGUCAUUGGUUUAGUGUCCAGCUGGUCCUGCUCUGUGUGUGUAUCACCACUCUAAAAACCAGAUCAAAAGCUUGCCAGAAAAAAAACAAUUAAUUGUGAAAAUGCUGGAAAUGAUUUGGAUGACCUCUUUCUUUUUCCUUUGUAAAGCUGUAAAUACUUUAUUUUUGUUUUCUAUUCUUAAUACGGUGUCAUAUUGACACUUUUUUAGACUUACAAUCAGAAAAUCCUCCUCAUUGUUUCUCAUUUUUUAAAAGGGGAUUUCAAGGAAGCAAAUUUUUUUGCUCAUUAGCAGUGUAAUAAUAGAUCAAAUUCCUAAAAUGGGUUUGUACAAAAAUGUUUUCAGUAAACACAUGGCAGUUUGUGGAUGCAUGUUGUUCAAAAAUGUCCAAAGAAUAAUGUGGUACAAAUGUUUUAAUGUGGCACAAACAUUUUUUUCAAAGACUUAGUGAUGCUCAUAUUAGUUCACACAAUGAAAAAAACAAAAUUACUUAAAAAAAGAUAUGUGUUGGGAAGGAAUGUAAUGAAACUCAUCUAAGCUAAAUGUGUAAUCUAUUUAUAAAAACACAGUACAUAUUCUAUUUUUAUUAGAGGUUUUUAAAGUGCAAACAGAAUUCUGUUAGCAAAUGCAAUUAUUCCCUUGUGAAGUCUCUUCUACUCUGAUGGGACUCCCAAAUUCCCAAGCAUGGAAACAGUGGGAACUGUGGAGCACUCACCUGUCGCUUCCUUGGGGAGAAAACAGCAGUUUAACAGCCUUUCUGCCACUGCAGAAUUAUUGCUUUUCCCUGUGAUUUUAUUCCCUUCCCCUGAUUGUGAGGAUCCUGCUGGAAAGGGUCAAGGCCUCCAUUUGCGCCCCUAAAUCCCAGGACAAAAGUCAGCCCCAGCCUGGGUUUGUGUUCUGCCAGGCUGGAAAACAAAUUAUAUUUAACUUCUUGUAUAAAUUGGGAUUAACUCAAUGAAACAAAAUGACAGAUCUGAAUUGUGCCUGAAUAUGGAUCUAAAGCUGCUUCUAAAAUGAGAUUAUAUUAAUUUUUAUUUCCAUAAUCAUUCCUGCCAGCAAAAACACGAGUUGGCUCCUGGAUCUAGGCCUGACUGGGGAAAAGCCACGGCAGUUGGUGGGUGCUCACAGAGCCACGUCCUGGUGUUUCCCUUGGCUCUGGGAAAACAGGGAAGGAUGUUUGUGUUGGAAGAACCGCAGCACUGGGAAGGCUCUGUUUCAUGUUUGAGAGUGCUUCAUUUUAGAGCUGAAUGUUUAAGUAGUGAUUUAUCCCAAAUUAAGACAUCUUAGUGCUUCCAUGGUGUAGGAACACCCCGAUGAGGAUUUUCCACUUUUUUGCUUUAGGAUUUCAGGAUUUUUAUUCUUUUGCACUGGUCCAGGAUUGGUUGCAGGGGAACACACAGGUUUUUAAAUGCUUUGCCUUUAGUGUUGUUGCCCAAAUGUUUGAUUUUAAGCUGUUAGUGGAAUGUAACUUGUGUCAGUUGGAGUUUUAAGUGAGAAACAAAGUUGUCCAGUGAGGCAACAAGUGUUGUCCUGGUGUUAAUAACGUUGGGAUUAGAGGUGAGCUGGAAGCACUGCCUGCCACAUUCCUCAUGGGAAUGAAGUCCCAGCCCCUCUCCCCUGGAGGGGGAACACUGAGGGCUUGAACAAGCCUUUGGCAGAGUAGUGAAGAAACACUUGAUUCUUUCUUUUUGUCUGUUUUUGUGUGUAGUUCAGUGUCUUCAGACCCUUCUGCAUUUGCAGGAGCUUUUCAGAGCUUCUCUUUUGAAGAAGCAACAAACUGUGUUUAAGAAAUGGGUACUUGAUUGUAGAAAUCACAAUUCCCUCCUGAUUUGAGGCACUCCAACAGUGAAGCACUUCUGAAAGCGGUGCUUUUGGGUCUGGCCACCUCCAUUUUUGUGGUAAAUAAUGAUAAUGCUUAAAAAAACCCCUGGGGUGGCUUCAAACCUGUGUCAUUCCUGUGGCAGAACACCCAGGACCACAUUGCCACAAACCCAGUGGGGCUGCCCAGGCUGUUGACCCCCAAAAUCCUAAAUUUCUGUUUUAUCAGAAAGGGUUGAGAAUGAUUAAAUCCUGGUCACUAAACACACUUUUUGUGGUUUCACCAAAAGACACACAAUUCAGUCCUUAAAACACCUUACUGUGAGUAAAGUGUAUAUAGCUACGUUCUGCCAAAAAUGAUUAUUUAUUAUUUAUCGUGCUGGAGUGGAGGGUAUUGAUGACUCUUCCCUCGUGCUGUGUCACUUCUUGUCAGUUCCUCUUAGGUCACGUAUGAAUUUCUUUUAUACCCAUGACAACAGACUACUGAUCCGUGUGGAAAUGCCCCUGGAUACCGUCCACUUGUAAAUAUUGUGCUUUAUAUUCUGUAUAUUAGCUAAUUUUAAAGAAAAAAGACUGGACUGGUGAUGCUAUUUGAGCUGUGGCAGGGGAAGGCCAAAGGAUGAACCAGCUCCCACUCUCUGGAGUCGGGAUGUGGUUGGAAGGCUGUGCUGGGGAGACCAAAUGGUACAAGACAAACCUGCUGCUGAUGGAUUUUGGACCAUUAAAUGCUUCAAAAAUCGAAUCCUUGUCAUCAGGAGCCCGAAAACACCCACAGGGAGAGCCAGGACCGUUCGCCCUCCUCUGAGUUCAGCAGAUUUGCUCCGUUUUUCCUAUUUUAGUGCCAAAACCAACCCCACGAGCCCUCCCAGGUCUGCUGGCCGGCUCUCCACACUCUGCUCCAGGACCCCAUCCCGUCUCCAUCCCUCCGUCCUGGUUCAUCUCUCAGUGCCAGACCCCCACGGGCUUCUCUGUGCGAAGGCAGGGUGGGAACUUGUCGAUGAAACGGGUCCCAGUUGUUUUCUGGUGACGAGGAAAACACAAAAAACUAUAAAAUAAACACCAAACUCCUGGUUAA